AUGCCCCUGGGAGCAAUAGUUGGCCUGGCUCGAUCUUUGUCAUACUGCCAGUCCAAUGAGAUUAAGCACUACUUCUGUGAACACAUGGCACUGGUCACCCUUGCAUGCAGAAUAAAGAAUGACAUGUCAUCAAAUAGUCAUAUGGCGAUCAGUACAAUGUAUUUGCUUGUGCCUACCUGUUUAAAUCCAAUAAUUUAUGGUAUCAGGACAAAAGAAAUAAGACAGCAAGUAAUAAAAGCAAUUGGAAGCAAAUGUGGACAAAUGUCCACGUAG